CUUUCUCUCGUAGGGAUUGAAGAACAGUAGCUUAGCAGCCACACAUAUCCCCUCUUUUGAACCUCCCCCAAAAAAAAAAAAGAAAAGAAAGAAAAAUGGAUUAAUAAUUCGAAAUCUCCAUCGGAUUAGUCGAAUUAGGUCAGUUUAUCACUCCAUUUCCCUUUGAAUCAAGUCAGUUUUUAUGCCAUGGAAGAUUCACAGUCAGUUGCAACACUCAUAGGCUCGACAGCCUCCAAGAUACAGCAGCUUCAAAAAGCAUUUGCUGAACUUGAAAGUCAGCGUGCUCUAACACUUAAUCUAAGAUGGAAAGAACUUGAGGAACAUUUCAGUGGUCUUGAGAAGUCCUUGAAGAGACGCUUCCAUGAGUUGGAAGACCAAGAAAAGGAAUUCGAGACAAAAACAAGGAAAGCUCGAGAAAUGCUACAGAAACGUGAAGCAGCUGUUGUAGCUAAAGAACAAUCCUCAUUGGUGAGGUUACAAGAAAAGAGAGAUGCUGCUGUUUUUGCCAUUACUAAUGCUUUAGAGAAGCACAGGGAAUUAUCAUCUGGGCAGCCUGCUGAUAAUGGAGAUAAUGGUGAACUCUCAGUUGAGGAGAAACAACCUGAGGAUAUCAAAAGUUCUUUUGAGAAUGGAAAUCUUGAGGUGAAAUCUUAUCCUCAAUUGGUAAAACUAUGUGAAGAAAUGGACUCGGAAGGACUACAGAAGUUUAUUUCAGAUAAUCGUAAGAACCUUGCUGCUCUGAAAGAGGAAAUUCCUUGGGCGUUGAAAGCUGCAGCAAGUCCAGCUCGCUUGGUCCUGGAAUCGUUGGAAGGAUUUUACCCUUCAGAAGUUGAUGGAAAGAAAGAUGCAAACCUAUUGGGGCUUAGGCGAACUUGUAUUAUGUUGAUGGAAUGUCUUAGUGUCUUGCUUUCUAAUCUGGAUAUGGUUUCUGUUUUGGCUUUGAUCUCUGAAGAUAUUAAGGAACAAGCAAAGCUAAUUGCCGAGGAAUGGAAACCAAAGCUGGAUGCUCUUGACAUGGAUGCCAGUAAUGGUAACUCAUUGGAAGCUCAUGCUUUUCUGCAACUUAUCGAUACAUUUGGUAUUGCUUCUGGUUUCAACGAAGAAGAACUUUCAAGGCUGAUACCAAUGGUCUCUCGUCGGCGACAAGCAGCUGAUCUCUGCCGUUCCCUUGGUUUAUCUGACAAAAUGCCAGGUGUAAUUGAAGUUCUAGUGAAAAAUGGAAGGCAGAUCGAUGCAGUUAACCUGGCUUUUGGAUUCGAGCUAACAGAGCAGUUUUCACCUGUACCAUUACUGAAAUACUACUUGAAGGACGCUAGAAAAGCUUCUUCACCUGUAAAGCCUGGAAAUGCCUCUCCCACUGCCCAGACUGAAGUUAGUGAACGGGAAUUGACUGCUCUUAAGGCUGUGAUUAAGUGCAUUGAAGAACAUAAUCUGGAGGAGCAAUACCCUGUCGAUCCACUUCAGAAACGAGUUCUCCUGUUAGAGAAAGCAAAAGCAGACAAGAAAAGGGCAACUGAAGUUGCAAAGCCUCAACCCAAGAGGCCUCGUGCUAAUGGUGCCGGAUAUGGUCCUCGAGUCACCAACGUAGCUGCUGACAAAACAUUCUAUCCGAGAGUCACUGACAGGUACAUGCAGUACGUGUAUGACAGACCCUAUGUUUACCCCGGACCUGCUGACAACCACAGCCACUCUCUUCUUGCUUCUGCUACCUACAACUUCACUCCUAGUCACGGGAACUACUUCGGAAACGGGUACCAGUAUCAGACUCCGUAUCUUCACUAAUUCCCAAACAUGGCAUAAAGGUAACUAUGAUCCUCUCACUUUAGCUGUUAGCUUUAACCUUUCAGGUGCAGUGUAUGAAUGGAUUUAGUAUUUUAAAAAAACAACAAAAAAUGGAAAAAAAAAUGUGCUGUUUAAUUUGAAUCUGGUGUAGACGAAGAUAUUUUGAUCCUCUAAUAUAUAUGCACUCUUUUAUAUGUA